AUGGUUUGCAGCAAGAUUUUGGCCAUUGCUUUCUGCGCUAUCGCGGCUUUUUCCACCGUCCUUCGCGUCGAGGCCGGGUGUUCGGAGGAGCACGUGCAGGUUCUCGGUUUCAGCAGCGAAAAUGUGACGGAGGACUCGCUCAAGAGGGGUAGGGAGGUUGCCGGACUGCUUCGUAAGCUUAUGCUGGGCAACCUCACCAAAACCGGUGCCAAGGACACCACCCCGCUUACCAACAAGUUCACCAAGACGUUGACUAAGGCUGGCUACCCUGAGAUCCCAGCGGAAUGCUUGUCGUGCUUCGUGCAGUCUGCUCAGUGCGUCAUGAAGGAGUGCAAGGGUGCGUGCAUUGCCGGUGACCAAUCCCCCGGCUGCGUCAAGUGCUUCAUGGCGCACUGCGCUGACGACCUUCACGCGUGCGUCGGCCAUAUCACCAUCAACAUUGGCGAGCACAAGAACGCCGGCAAGGGUGGCAAGUAA